AGUCAUUCGGCGGUGUCAGACCAUCGUGGUGUCUCCUGAGUGUAUGUAAUGUAAACAUUAGCACAGGAAUGCAUUUAGACAGUAGGUGUUUGAGUAUUAUCAUGAACGGUGAUAACGUGGCGGCUAUUAGGUGCGCCUCAGUCAGCGACGAAGCGUCGCAGAGGGCGGUCGCGUGUUCCGUGCGUGUCGGUGCAGUGACGUACGAAACUGUGUGUUCGUCGCGUACGCGCCGCAUUCCAUCGUGGGGGCCCUUCGCCGCCAUUGGCCGAACCCGCGUGACGUCAGUCCUCGUAAUGAGGUAUUCAACAUGGCCGUGUAGCUAGUUCGCGAGUGUGCUUCGAUAUUCGUUUGAAUGGAUUUAAUCAGUGAAAUAUGCCAAGAAGACGAAACGGUGAGAUACCCUUGCCCGACGGAUGGGAUUAUGCGAGGGACUUUGACGGUAAACUGUAUUUCAUCGACCACAACAGCAGAAAAACGACGUGGAUCGACCCGCGAGACAGAUAUACCAAACCUUCUUCUUUCGCGGACUGUAUUGACAAUGAGCUGCCCCAUGGGUGGGAGGAGGCCUACGACCCCCAAAUUGGGCGCUACUACAUCAACCACAACAAGCAGGUGACGCAGCUAGAAGAUCCCCGGCUAGAAUGGCUGAGCAUCCAGGAGGCCAUGCUGAGGGAUUACCUCCACACGGCUCAGGAGGCGUUGGAGGCGAAGAAGGAGAUGUACGAUGUGAAGAAACAAAGGUUGUGUCUAGCCCAGGACGAGUACAAGCAUCUGAACAACGCUUUAUCAACACUGGGCGCUUCCAGAACGAGCUUAUGUUCUUCCACAACAUCCAUGACGACGACUUCAACAACGUCGCGUCAUGACCCUGAAGUGUUGCGAGCUGAAGUCACACAGGCCCGUGGGAGGGUCGCCCAGUUGCGCAAGGAGUUGAGGCAGGCGAGGGCUGAAGUGGCCUGCGCUAGAAGGGGGGUAGACACGCUUGCCGAAGUGGAACAAAAGAUUAGUUCACAGCAAGGGUGCUACAACAUAACCGAAGCUCAGGCGAUUAUGACAGAGCUCAAGAAUAUACAAAAAUCUUUGACUUCAGGGGAGAAGGAAAGAGCGGUGCUCAUGCAGUCAUUGGCCAAGCUAAAAGAUGAUUUGACGAGGCUACAGUUCGGAGAUGCGUCUCCAGACUUAUCAACGCUGAGUCUACCUCAAGAAAAGCUCAGUACCGCUUCGCAAACCGAUCUUUGCGCAGAUCUAGUACCAAUCGGUACAAGACUAGCAGAAAUGGCUCGAGUUCGUCUACAAUACGAUGAAGCUCGAAAAAGGAUACAGAAAAUCCAGCAACAAUUGGCCGAUUUAGAGGAUAAGGUGCAGCCUGGUCAGGCGGAGUCUGACAAGGAUCGAUUGUUGUUAUUCCAAGAGAAAGAGCAACUGCUGAGGGAGCUGAGGAGUAUAACUCCGAGAACGCGAUCGAAGCAGGAGAUGAGUGAUAUACAAUCUGAAUGUGAAAGGCUAGAGCAAGAUUUGAAGAAUGCGUUUGAAAUGUCUAAUAAGUGUAUAGCUGAUCGGUUGAGGUUACACGAGGAGAAGCAGUUGUUGUUACAGCAAUUGAAGGAUGCGUUGACAUCGAUGACGACAUUGGAGGGUCAGUUGAAGACGUUGUCGGCUAGUACGCUAUCAGUGUCCAGUAGUUCGAGUUUGGGGUCCUUGUCUACGGCUAGUAGCAAAGGGUCUUUGAGCUCAGGGAUUAGCUUUACGGAUAUAUAUGGAGGUCCGCAAUUAGCGAGCUCUUUCCAAGCGGACAAACCUAUCGACAUGGCGGAUCUUCAUCGGAGAGUUGAGAGAUUAUUACGUGGUACCAGUUAUACAAUGGACAGCAUUACACCCGGAGCCAGCAGCUCACCGUCUCAACCCUCGCUGUCUCCAAGAAGCAGUCUAUCAUCAGCCAGCCCGCCGCCGCCUCCUCCUUCAUACACCCAGGUGGAAAGACAAAGGCGGCAGCAGAAUAGAGAACUAGAGGAGAAAUUGGCUGAAAUGAGAAUAGGUGUCGCUACUGGACUGAACGAAGUUACUGGAAUUGCUACAAUACCCGUGCAGUUACAAGGACCGGGUCGGCCUAGUGAGCCGCUGUCACCCAUAUCAGAAACCCCACCACCACCGUUAUCACCCAGAACUCCCUCAUCUAGUGGCACAAACACUAGAUCGGUAUCAGCGGCAGUUAGUGAUGAGUCGGUGGCUGGAGACUCCGGGGUGUUCGAAGCGGCACAGGCCGGGAACGAUGCCUCCAAUGCAGUGAGCAGUGCGCAAAUUGAGCUCAAAUUGCGAUACUGCCCCGACGAGACAGCUUUGGAGAUCGGCAUUUUGAGGGCGAGGAAUUUGCACGCCCUCUACAUUGAUAUAGAUACAGAAAUCGUGGUCCGAGUAGCCCUGAUGGGUGGCAGUGGAGCCGGCGUGGUCCUCAGCAGCCCGGCGCUGCCGUGGCGCGGCGCGACGCUGCGCUGGCGGCACGGGCAGCGCGCCGCCGUGCACAGCGCACGCGCACUGCGCGCCGCCACGCUGCAGGUCAACGUGUGCACCGGCCAGGAGUGCCUGGGUUGCGCUCAAGUGAGUCUGGCGGAUUUUGACCUAGAAGGAGUGUCUCAGAAGUGGUAUAAUCUGCUCAGCUUCAGGUCAAUGAGAAGAGAUGAGAGUUCCGACGAAUCCACUGUCAUAUCAUCCCAAACAUCGACUUUGACUAGGAAUAGAGGUCCGGAAAGCAUGAUGAGUGCGGACUGUAAUGUCGAUUGCGGGGACAACUCAGCUUCAGAAGACGAGGAGUCUAGAGAGCCACUUAAUCAGAUAGUGGAAGAGGAUUCGUUAGAAGAUUACAUUCCCGAAGAAGAUUUAGCACUUGAAGAAGAAUUCUUACAUCCGCCGACAGCUGAGAAAGCAACAAAUACUGAAUGCAACUUCUGCCCGGAGGGAGCGAGACAACUGCAUAGAAGAAAAAGCCAACAAGUAAACUCAAACCCCGACGAGCCAUUAGCCACAAUAAAGAGAUCUCAAACGUUUUCGCCUCAACCACAGAGCUUCAGCAGAGGACAGUAUAAAUGUAGACUAAACCGUUCGGAAUCUGAUUCAUCGAUGGCGCAGUACGCGAGGAGGGUCACAGGUCUGCAGCCCCCCCCUACAGCUGGGAUACCAUUCGACAGGAACCGUUGCGAGAGACGAUCUUUGAGACGCGGGCGCGUGUGCGGCGGCGCGGCGGCGCGGCGCGCGGGCGGCCCGCGGCGCAGCGCGCGCACGUCGCUGGACCUCGCGCUGGACCUGCGCGCGCAGCACUCGCGGCUCGCCGACCUCACCGCCGACAUCACGCAGCUGCGGCUCUUGAACAAGAAACUAGAAGAGGCGUACUCCCGCGGAGACCCAGUAGUAGCCGCGUGGGUAGCUGAAGACGAGAACCUUCAGAGAUUAGUAGCUGACCCGCCAGAUGGCGCCUCUGACCGCGCCUCCAGGCUCCUCCACAGGAUAUAUAGGGAUGUUUACAAGCUGAGAAGGUCCAGGCAAGGCGGGAGGAAACCGGACCUUGUUACUUUCAAAGAGAAGAUGGCGUUCUUCACACGCAACAAGCUUACCAUACCCGGCCUCCCAGGGGACGACGAAGACGUUUCCCAGGACGAAUGGGAAGAACUGGAGGAGCGAAGAACACCAGACGGCAGAUCGUCAAAGACUUCGUACGAGAGACGAGAUCGCGACACUCAGGCGUGUCAAACUGAAUGCCAAAUGGUUGAGGAAUGUCAUGAUCAGAUAGAUGAGGUAAGCCAGGUGGAUGAGUGCCAGGAGACUGAGAUUGUAGAAGUGGUCGAAUGUAAGAAUCCUUGUUUGAACCCCGAGCCGUGUUACGAGCCCAAAAUUGAAGAUGAAAAGGAGAGCGAGGACCGGUAUGAGUUCGUCGUCGAUAGAGUGUUAGGAGUUCAGGUUUGAAGUUCGGAGUCCAUCAAAAUGUGUUCACAAAUUGUUCGUUUGCGAUUGAGGGUAAUUGUUUUAUGUCGAUAAAUUAAUAAUAAGGCAUGUUGUUGUUUUGUUGGAUUGCGGACCUAUGGCACUGUUCUCGAAUGGAUGGCUUCACGGCACCUUUAAAGCCUUAAGUUUGAUAUGAUUACGACCAAAAUUUUUUUUUCUAACAGAACUUUUACUGGAUUUUAAUUCGAUUCACAUUAGGAAUAGUGAAAACGUUGAAUAAUUUUAUGUCUAGUAAAUCAUAUAUGUCUAUGUUACAUAGGAUUUUGAUUGGUCGUUUUCAUAGCUAAUAAGGCUGCAAAAUAGUAUAACUACUGUGAUUAUAAAACUGAGAUUUCUGGAUUGAAGACUGAGCGAAAAUUAAAUAUAUAUAAACCGUAUGUAUUAUUGGUGUUUAUCAGUACUAAGUUUACGUAUUGUGCAAACAUAGUGCCAUAGCGCGGAGACACGCAAAAUCCUGCUCUAUAUAUAUCAUUAUACUGAUCAUUAUUGUACAAAAGUAUCGUGCCUUAAUUUUCGGUGCCUGGAGAACGUGGUUUGUGCCAUAAAGCGGCAUAAAAAUGGAAGGAAAUAAGGUACAAAAUAGUUGUGUAGAAGAGUCACAAAUAUAUACCAAACGAUUAAUAUAAGAUAGGCGCGAUCAUUUCGUUUGUACAUAGAUACGUAAAUAAUCAUAGUUUUGCCCACCAAAAUGAUCGUGCACUAUGAGAUAAUUUAAAGUAUAGCGUCCACCGAGUUUAAGGUGACUGGCCAAAAAUACGCUUUGUAAAUAAGGCUUCGAUGAUGUCUAAAGAGAAUUGCGCAUUUGUACCUGCCACAAAUUUCAUUCCUGCGUUCAUUGGAAAUGUCAAAAUAUCAGGAUUGUAAAAUUUUAUGCACAAAAAAAACAGUGUUUUGUAAUUGUUUAGUUGAGUAAUUAGACUAUUAAAAAAAAAACAGUUAAGUCACUAUGUUACAUGUCAAAAAGUUUGGUAAAUUGGUUUCAAUUUUUUUUUCGCAUUCAUAGUGAAAAAAUAGCAAAAAACUUGCUUAUUUUUUCAAAUGGCGCAUACAUUUUUGAUGUGCAAUAUUGAACAGGAUGGCCUAUUGCUUCGAUCUAGUUUCGAGAUCUGAAACCAUAUUGACGAUAAAAAAUUAUGAAAAAUUAUAGUAAUCGUCACGUGCCUUUCGUGGUUAAUUAUAAAAAUAAUUUCAUCAAAAUUUGAUCAUACACUGACAAUUUCAUCUCCAAAACAAAAUGUUAGUCUCAAAAUGUCAGUAUAUAUUCAAAUUUUGCUUUAAAAUUAGUAAUUUAAUGCUAAUAAUUAUAAUUGUACAUUUUGUAUUAUAUUUUUUUAAUAUUAUUCUAGUUUUUAAUUUUGUAAAUAAUCCGAAAUUAAUGCUACAGUAAAAGAAUUUGCAUAUCUGUUUUUCUCUGAUAAUUUUAAUGAUAUCUAGUAAUUAAUAGCAAUAUUAGUCCAUGUUAAGUAUUUUUAUAGCACGCAAAAGCCACAGUACUGGUUUAGCUGCACGUGUAAUUAAUUAUAUUACAUUUUUGUAAAAAAUGUAUAUUUUAUAUAAACAUUUUACGAUUUAUAAAAUACAUUUGUAAUUGUUGGGUAAAUUCGUAUUUGCCAAAUUAAUAUAAGCAUUGUUUUUAAUUCUUCCAUUUGAUAAAAAGGAUUAUUAUAUUAAUUUGUAAAGAUGAAGCCGCUGCGGAAGAUAUGAAACUGAAAAUAAAAAUUAUAAAUUAA